CCUGACCUGUAGCUACCUUGACGGUUCUCCUCAUUUUUCCCUCAAUAUUCAAGCGGAACAACUCCUCUGGAUCUCGGGCUGGACUUUCCCACGAGUGCUGCGGGAGUAGAGCGGUCGGUGGCUGGUCGGUUCCGCGUCGGUGUCUCGGCGAGGAGACGCAGCAACAGCCCCGGAAAGACGAUUAGCCAUGACGGCCAGUGACGGAGGGGCUCCGCGGGACCGCGCGUAACAAGAUGAGGAUUCCUCCGGUGUGGGCGCUGGGCGCUUGCCAGACUGGGUGAAGUGACAGCUGAGAGGGAAACCUGCUGAGAGAGACACACGGCCGGGGACUGCUGAGGAGGACCUCGGUGCAGGUUCACACGGCUGUCGUCCGGGUGGAGCUUCAUGACCCAUGGAGAAUUACUUCCAGGCCGAGGCCUUCAACCUGGACAAGGUCCUGGACGAGUUUGAGCAGAACGAAGAUGAACCUGACACACCUAUUCUCUCCGAUGCCAAGUGGACCCAGAUCCUGGCCCCGCCGGCCCACCUGCUCUCUCUGAACCCCGCCCUGGCCCACGCAGACCUCAGCCCCCGGGAGAGUCCGCUGUCCUUCAAGAGUCUCCCCGACUCCUCCUCCAGCACCUCCCCGGGGGCCAACCCUAAGAGACACCCUGGUCCUGAACUUCCAUCCUGGGCAGAGGAGAGGCCGGCAGACGUCCACAGCCCGCCGCUCCCCCAGCCCAACAUCGGAAAACUGGUGGGAACCGACGACCUCUCGCCGCCCCCUGUGACGGCAAGUGGUGCAGUGGAGAAUGGGUGCGCUGCGAGCCCACCACAUGAUGGGCUUAGCGAGGAGCUAAGUUCUCCUCCAGACUUCGAGCCUGGUGCUUGUGACCAGGCGGUUACACCUCAUCAGGAGGAGAGAGCUGCCUCAGCUGGAGGGGGAAGCUCCAGCGUCAGUCACACUCACUUUACCUUCGAGCUCGGACAAGGACAGGAAGAAGCUACGUCUGAGAUAAUUCAUCCAGAUGUGGAAGCAACCACACAAAUAAGGGAAGGUGUCACAAAGGAGGCCAGUGCAGCUGUGUUACAGGACGAUAGUCAAGAGAGACAAACUGUCAACUCAAACCAGGAACAGAGAGAACGUCUCCUGAAUGGGGAGUGGGAUGUACAGUCUGGUUUCGAGGCAGAGCUGAAUGGUGCAUGUUCUCCUAACUGGGUUGAAGAUGAUAGGAGGUGUGCUCCUGAAGGACAGAUCGAUAGGCUCCUCAGAAUAACAAGCCUUCCCAAUGGUUCUGAGCAGGAGAGGAGUAAUCACUCUAAGCUGACAGACGAGGAGGAGGAGGUAGAGGAGGUGGAGGGUUUUUCUCCCUCCCCAUGCCCCUCUAAAGAGGACUCUGUGACUGAGGAGAAAGAAAUGGAGGAGAGCAAGCAGGAGAGCGGCGAUGGAGGAGCACUGGGAUCUGGUAGCGUCCAACCAAAACUCAACAAUCGUCUGCAGCCGGUCAGUGUUCCCUAUGGAGGGGCACGGCCGAAGCAGCCGGUCACCCUCAAACUCCAGAUCCCUCAGCCGCUGUCCAGCCAGGUCCAAAACCAGCUCCCCAGCAAGAACAAGAACCAGGAGAACCAGUGUCGGAGGAGCACGCCAUCUGAAACAACCCUCAGUGUGGCGGAUCAGGCCGCCGUCGGGGUGAACGGAGAGGCUGUCGUCCACUCUCCUUCCCUGAGGACUUCAGAGAGCCCAGACAAUGACCUCCAGGCAGGACAGCAGGGCGCCCUGUGCAAGAAACCUGCCAGCUCCCUGGGUGAGGUGGCCCCUGUGUGGGUGCCCGACUCCCAGGCUCCCGUCUGCAUGAAAUGUGACGUCAAGUUCACCUUCACCAAGAGGAGGCACCACUGCAGAGCCUGUGGCAAGGUGUUCUGUGCCACGUGCUGCAGUCUGAAGUGCAGGCUCGUGUACAUGGACAGGAAGGAGGCUCGCGUCUGUAUCACCUGUCACUCUGCUCUGACGACUGCUCAAUCAUGGGAGACCCCGACCACUGGAAACAACCAGAGUCCGAACCCCAACAACCCGGCGGAGUACUGCUCCACCAUCCCCCCUCUGCAGCAGGCUCAGGCCUCGGGGGUCCUCAGCUCCCCUCCUCCCACCGUCAUGGUGCCUGUGGGAGUCCUGAAACAGUCUGGCAACGAGGGGACCCUCACACGGGAGCAGAGGAGGGUGUGGUUCGCUGACGGGCUCCUGCCCAAUGGGGACGCAGCCGAGUCCCCCAACCCUGCGACCUCCAGCCCGGCCCCCUCCCACUCGCUAGCCAUCUCCUCGGGCUCAAGCAAAUCCUCCACUUCUGAUUCCUCAGAGGCGGCCCACACCCCCGUCGCCCUGGUGGGCAGCCCCGUGGGCAGCUCCGUCAGUCUGAUUCCGGAGGACGGGCUCCCUCCCAUCCUCAUCUCCACGGGAGUCAAAGGAGGUACGGGAGGCCACAUCACAGACUAUGCAGUGGAGGAGAGGCCGUCGGAGAUCGUCCUCAUGCAGCAGCUGGAGGAGGGAGGCCCUGACCCCCUGGUCUUCGUGCUCAAUGCCAACCUGCUCGCCAUGGUCAAGCUGGUAAACUACGUGAACAGGAAGUGUUGGUAUGUGACGACUAAAGGAAUGCACGCCGUGGGCCAGGCGGAGGUGGUCAUUCUGCUCCAGUGUCUCCCUGAUGAGAAGACCAUCCCUAAAGACGUCUUCACCCACUUCGUGCACCUCUACCAGGAGGCCCUCAGUGGCAACGUGCUGAGCCACCUGAGUCACUCCUUCUUCACGCAGAGCUUCCUGGGCAGUAAGGAGCAUGGCGGCUUCCUCUACAUCAGCCCGUCCUUCCAGUCACUGCAGGACCUCCUGCUACCGAACCCGCCUUACCUCUUCGGCAUCCUGAUCCAGAAGUGGGAGACGCCCUGGGCCAAGGUCUUCCCCAUCCGCCUCAUGCUGCGGCUGGGUGCAGAGUACCGCUUUUAUCCGUGUCCGCUGUUCAGUGUCCGCUACAGGAAACCCCUCUUCGGAGAAACCGGUCACACGAUCAUGAACCUGCUCGCAGACUUCCGUAACUACCAGUACACGCUGCCGGUGGUGAAGGGGCUGGUCGUGGACAUGGAGGUGAGGAAGACGAGCAUCAAGAUCCCCAGCAACCGCUACAACGAGCUGAUGAAGGCCAUGAACAAGUCCAACGAGCACGUGCUGGCGAUGGGGGCGUGUUUCAACGACCGCGCCGACUCCCACCUGGUCUGCGUCCAGAACGACGACGGCAACUACCAGACGCAGGCGAUCAGCAUCCACCACCAGCCACGCAAAGUGACCGGCGCCUGCUUCUUUGUGUUCAGUGGGGCGUUGAAAGCCUCAUCUGGCUUCUUGGCAAAAACCAGCAUUGUGGAAGAUGGUGUGAUGAUCCAGAUCACAGCCGAGACCAUGGACACUCUACGGCAAGCCCUGAGGGACAUGAAGGACUUCACCAUCACGUGCGGUAAAGCCGACCAGGAGGAAAACCAGGAGCUCGUGCACAUCCAGUGGACGGAGGACGACCACAACUUCAACAAAGGUGUGAUCAGUCCGAUUGAUGGAAAGUCGAUGGAGUCCAUCACCAGCGUCAAGAUCUUCCACGGCUCCGAGUUCAAAGCCAACGGCAAAGUCAUCCGCUGGACCGAGGUCUUCUUCCUCCAGAGUGAAGACCAACCCAACGGUCUGAGCGACCCCGCCGACCACAGCCGCCUGACGGAGAACGUGGCGAGGGCGUUCUGCGUGGCGCUGUGUCCCCACCUGAAGCUGCUGAAGGAGGACGGCAUGGCCAAACUGGGACUGAGGGUCACACUGGACUCGGAUCAGGUGGGCUACCUGGCAGGAAGUAACGGGCAGCCCCUCCUGCCUCAGUACCUGAGCGACCUGGACAGCGCUCUGAUCCCCGUCAUCCACAGCGGGGCGUGCCAGCUGAGCGAGGGCCCCGUGGUCAUGGAGCUGGUCUUCUACAUCCUGGAGAUCAUCUCCUAGAAGACGCAGACGUCCCCACCACCUCUUUUUCCUUUUUCUUUUUUUUUUAACCUUCCGACACGUCUCUCAGCCUCCGUCCCUCCGUCACCUCCCUUCAACUGUUUGCACUUAAAACGAGCCUGAAAACUGUGCCGUGCCAGGUGGGGUAGCAUUCCUCAAGUCAAACCUAUGCAUCCCGCCGCCGCCGCCCCCCCGCUGUGCUCCGGACGUCACCUGGGGCCCGAGGCAGCUCCGUCACACUGGGUCCGUCCGGAUGCCCACACUGUGCACGACGAGUGAAGUGCCUGAUGAGGUGACCAGUACUUACUUCCACAUGUUAAGACAAAUCAGUCUGAUGGACCAGGCCGGUUUGAUGACCAGUGAAGAGGAGAGUAGAACUAUUAAUAAAGACGCUACAUCCGGAGAGGGAGGCGGAGAAAUCACUUGAUUCUGUUUCUGUUGGAUGAAGUUGGAUCUUUAUGAUGUGUAGACGAUGACGAUCGGUUUCAUCAAGAAGUUCAGGCCGUUUGACGUGAAGUGAUAAGAAUCUGUGGCCGUGCAGCAAUAACAUGUCAACUUUGGAGAUUCGUGUGUCGACUGUUUCACGGUCUUAACAGCACAGAGUACGAACAACAGCUGGACUGAUGUGGUUAAAUCAGUUUCCUGCAAAGUGAGACGAGAGGAAGUAAAGUUAAUAAGGUGUAAAAGUCCAGCUGGUCCUCAGAGGGACAGAAGAACCGAGAGGGAACCCUGGACCUUCAGCUGCAUUCACACAAACUCCGUUAACUCUGCAUCUUCCCUCCGGGUUGUGUUCAAGUUUGUCUGUUUGUGCGUUAAAGCGUCACAGAUGGGAUACAACCAGAAAACAAGUUGAUUCUCUGAUUCUCUGAUUUGUUCUCACUGACGUCGCUUUAUCUCUUUGACUCUUUGACUCUGGUUGGAAAGUUAAUCAAAUUCUUUUGCUCUUUUUUUUUAACUUGCAGAGUAGUAUUAGUACAGCAGAGUAUUUAUGACGAGCUAGAGCUGAUUUGCCCUCACUUAUGAUGAAUCAGUAUUAGGAGAGUGGGGUGUGGGGUUACUCUGGGUGUGUGUGUGUGUAUUUUCCAGACAUGAGACUUGUGUGUUUGUGUGUCUGUGUGUGUGUGGACACACCCCCUGUCUGACUCCAGCGUGGCGUCACUGUGGCAGCCUGAAGGCUCCUGAACAGGCGUCUGUAGCACGGAUGCUCUUACGAGAGGAGUUGGGACUUACUUCUCUCUGGUCGCGUCACCAAGGAACCUACAAACCCCCGGCUGAGGAGGGAGAAGUCGUCUCUGUGUGGUGGAGCAGAUUACUUCUUCUUUUGUUUUAAUUUUUUUUUAGCCCCGUGGUUCUCAGUGCCUGCAGCAGCGAUUCAUCAACGAGGGGGGAGAAAGGAAAAAACAUCCCGGCUUCACCUCUUAAGCUUUACUCAUCGAUCACCAGAUGCUUUACUUCAUGGACAAACGUGUCGACUGCUUGUACAUAUUUUUUUGUAGGCAGAACAAUCUCCCGUCCGUCACGACCACGACACGCGCAGCCUCCAGAGAUCCCAGCGAAGGACAAGUAUUACUGAAGUGACUGUGACUCGUCUGCUGUGAAACCAGAUUUCAGCCCCGUUGCCCAAAAGCAGACGGCUCAUGAAAAGGUUCCAACGCUUUAUCCAGAAACUCAACGUGUACAUAAAUGGGGAAAAUACUUUUUAAUCUCAUCACAAAUCAUCAGCGCUCGGUGUUCGUCCGGAUACAAAACCCCCUCGACUUUAUUUUAAUCAUACAAAGAGAAUAACUGUCGAAGAUGUAAAGAUGUAUAAAUAUAUAAAAAGUGUAUUAAACUUGCAGAAGCAGUGCACUGGAUUCUAAGCCAUCUACAGGAGAGUGGAGGCAGGCGUCAGGGUCACUGCCACUGUGUUCUGGAACAGCUUCUCCAGCAGAAGAGGGAGGAAAGUUUGGUGUUUGAAGAUCUGGGGGGUUCCUGCAAGAUCGACUUCAAGCUGAAUGUAUCUCAUCUCAUAUUUACUGCAGAAAAAACUCCUCAUCCUUCCAAAAAAAUCCAUGAAAUCAGCAGCAUCCUGCUCCCCGGACUUUUCAUGGUUUAAAAAGUUUGCAGACCUGCGUUAGGAACCGAUCAGCGACGACUCAUCUUCGAGGCCUCGGACGUUUGGAGGUCGAGCUGCGGCUCCUCCCUCCGCCACAUGGACCUGGAACAACAAUCUAAAGAAUGUAUUCCUCCUGUUUCUGUUCAAAUCGGCAAAUUGUGUGUUUUUGUUUUUUCUUUCCUUUUUUGUUUCUCGCUAGACUAAUCACCAAAAACGUCCUGAACAGUCGUCCACCUGCAUCACGUCAUCGGAAUCAGACAAUCACACGAAAACCUGCAGAGGAGCCGACGCGUAGAGCGGAAGUUAGACCUACGUUCGUUUAUUACUCCAUCCGAAGUAUUUCACACGCCCACUGUAGCAAAGUUAACGUUAGUGGAAGCGGAUUAAAAACUGCUCCGAGGUCAAAGGUCACCAGUUCUUGGUUAAUUCACUGUGAUUAUACCAGAGCUGUGAAUCUGCGUCUUCAUCACGGGACGUUUUUAUCGAUUAGCGCAAAUGAGGAGGAGACGUACGGUUUUAUUUGUCAGGCUUCUCCCUGUUUUUGGAUUGUUAAUCUUUGUUUUUUUUGCGUUAUCCGACGUGUGCAAUAUGUCCUUGAUCCAAAAAAAGGUGCAAUUUGUUUGAAAAAGUAGCAUUUCUUAUUUUAUUUUGUCGUAUUCAGUUGUUACGAUCCAAAACUAAACACUGCAUGCAAACAGAAACACAGUGGAGAGUCAAUCAAGUGUUUGUGGACGAAACGUGAAGAAAACAAUCCACUUCGUCACUGACUGGGUUUUUUGUCUUUUUUUUUUUUUUAAAUUAACAUUGGUCGAAAUGUCUGAAGCCAAAAACCAUGUACAUGUUUUUUCUUUACACUACAAAUGUCAAAAAAAGUGGUCUUCAUUAAAAAAAACUGUAGUAUAUGUACAAUAAAAAACUUAUAGAAAACAUAAAUGAGUGAUAUCUGUUCAGGCUCUAUGCAUUUCUUUAUUUAAUCAGGUUAUUGGGGUCAAAGACGGCAACAAAUAUAAAAUACGUUUUUAAGCAAUCAUCUUAAUAAUUGCUUAAAAUUAAUUCAUUUGAUUUAUUUCCAUUUUAUCGAUCUGCUCUAAACAUUACAUCUCUGAUCCUUGGAAUAAAUAAAACCACAGAAAAAUAAAAGGAUUUGUAACAGUGCUUUAAUUAUUUAGAACAAAGUGUCAAGUAGACUUCAUGUCAGUUACACAGAUUUAUGAUGUUUUACUAGAAAGUGCAGGAAAUGACAGCGAGAAACAGAAAUGUUGAGACCAGAUGGUAACGGUUGAUAACCGGAUGAUGUUGUCGACGUUGAGGUAAAACUGUUGGGAACUGAAUUCACGAUUUAAUUUCAAAGGUGAAAUUCAAGCUUUAAAAGGGUCAGUUCCCUCAAAUUAAAGGAAGAUAUUCUCACGGUAUUAACUCGGACUCUUGUUUCUGGUAACCUGACUAGUUCACAUGCAGUGUUCGCCCCCUCCCUCUUCAGCUGCUAAAGGCUUCACUCUGUUCACCGGCUCGUCUCCGGUUUCUGCUCAGAAAGUGGAGGAACCAAAACAAUGAGCUGAAGGAAGCUAAAACUCACAAAGAGCUUCAGGUGUCUAUAACUUUUUCAAUCCAGUUUCAAGAUGAUCAGAUAUCUAGAUUCAGUGAACUCUGCAGGAAACAAAUCCAUUCAUAGAAAGUUCUUCCUUUAAUUGUUUAUCCAAUGGCAUCAGGCUUAUUUUAUGUAUUUUACAUUUUAGUGACAUGAUGGGACGAAGCUAAAUUCUUGAAUAUCGAGUUUAUCUUUUGUUACAGACCUCAGGGAAAUAAAAGUAUAUUUCUUCACCCCCCCCCCCCC